AUGCCGUACCUCAAAUCCGACCCCGAACAAGCCAGCAACAAUGAUAACGCUUUUGAAAAACUCGUCCAAGACCUCAGCGCAGCUUUGGGCCCCAGCUCAGGUCUAGACUCUGAAGAUGUGGAUCCUCAUGACAUCGAGCGACUGAUGGAGAAAUAUGUUUCCGAUGAGACGGAAUGGGGGGUGUAUGCCAUGUCGGAUGUGAGCCGGAAUUAUACUCGGAAUUUAGUGGAUGAGGGGAACGGGAAGAGUAAUUUGCUCAUUCUCGUCUGGUCUCCCGGUAGGGAAAGUGCGAUUCAUGAUCAUGCCAAUGCCCAUUGUGUUAUGAAGAUCCUCAAAGGCUCCCUCAAAGAAACCCUCUUCUCAUGGCCGGAAAAGGGCCAAGCCCCCAAUGCCCCUUUGCAAAUCACCAAGGAGACUGUCUAUGGCGAGAAUCAAGUGACCUACAUGUCUGAUAAGCUCGGACUACAUAGAAUAUCAAACAUGGAUCCCAACAACGUUGCCAUAUCUCUCCAUCUGUACACUCCUCCCAACGCCGCGAAUUACGGCUUCUCGAUAUUCGACGAACAAACUGGCAAAUCAAGUCAUAUCAAACAAUGUGAUUUCUAUUCUCGCGGAGGCGAGAAAGUCUAA